CACCCUCCAGCCCACCCCGAGUGAGCGAGCCAGAGAGGCUGUGAGGGAAGCAUGCGACAAGGGCGACAUCACAGUGGGCGACGGCUUCCCGUUUCUUCUAUUCGUACAUCGCACACCCCCUCUCUCCCUCUCCUUACCUACUGUGCACAUCCCAUCCUUCCCUACCGCCCUGCUUGCCUAGUGCCUGUCUCUCUGUUUACCUACUUCUGCUUCUGCAUACUUUGCUUGCUGCACUUUGAAUCCGGAGUCAAACCGAUGAUAGGGCUUUCUGGGCAGGAUUAUGGCUUUUGUUUCUUGACUUCUUCUCCCAAGACACUGACCUCUCCAACCCUCGCCUUGCGCGCACGCUCCACUCAGACGGCCUACGCCACUUUCGACUGCUCGUCGUCAUAAACAAACGAGGUCCCCCGAAUAUCGAACACCAAAUCUUGUUUGAUCCGGCACCGCAAACACCACGUUCGCUAUCGAACACCACACUCAUUUCCCGGACCGAGUCCGCUCAUCAGCUUGUUUUUGGGUAUCUGACCCCUAGUCACUCUUUACACCAGGGAUUUCCGUUGCGGGGUUGUUCACCUCACGACCAAGGAGAUAGAAGGCCUAUCAGACUGCCUGGGAUAUCAGAAAUCAGCGCAGUGGACAAGCGACAGCAAAAAAAGCAUGGACUACAUGAACAUGUUUCAGGGCGGUGGCCAUCAGGCCGGCUACUUCGUCCCUCAGUACAACGCCAUGGGCCAGGCGGCACCUCAUCAACACCAAGAACGACACCAGGCUCAGCAACGACAACAGCAUGGCUACCCGUCGUAUCCGUACACGAACGAGCACUUGAUGGUGCUUGCGCAGAUGCAGCACCAGAGGACUAUGAUGGGCCAGGUUCAUGAUGCGAGCCUUUCACCAACGUCGAAGCAGGACCAGCCCAAGCCAAGGCUGUCAAAGGACGAGGUUGAUCUUUUGGAGAAGGAAUUCCAGAAGAACCACAAGCCUACCAGUGCCAGGAAACGGGAAAUUGCAGAGCUACUGAAAGUCGACCUGCCAAGGAUUAAUAACUGGUUUCAAAACCGGAGGGCAAAGGAAAAGGGAAUCAAAAAGACGCAAGAGUUUGCAGCGCGUCAAGCGGCAGAGCAGGCUGAGCAACAGUCUGAAUCAGGAUCAAUCAACAAGGAUGAGCAGGAUGGAGAAGGUAGCGAUGGUGAAAGCACCGACAACGAUCACACUCUCGCUCAGCCAUCAACCGCUCCCUUCCCCGCCGAUAAUGCGUCGAUCAACAGUGGACUUGAGGAGGAUUCGACAGUAUCUACGACCAACAGCCACACCCCCAUCGAGCCAAAUGUUAUGACGAAAGAGGAUUUGGUCAGAGAUGGCGACGAGUACCCAUCACCUCAGUCACUGCCAUUCCAGAGCACUGACCAGGCUUCAGACUUCAACUUUCAACACAACUUUGUCGCCAUGUCGGAGGACCAAGGUUUCAGCAGUGACUAUUCGCAUUCGGGACUGCCUCUCAAUGGUAUGCCCGCUCAGUUCACCCACGAUGGAUUCUCAGUCUCGGACCAACUGUCCUUCGUCGGCCAGCAAUACACCAGCGCCGUUGACAACGAUGCGAUAAUUGCUCCCACACCUUCAUUCCCAUCGCAGCUGCUUGGACGUCUGGAGUUUCAAGACAUGGACCCCCACCAAGCGGCUCCAUCGUCAUUCGACUUGCAGGGCAUGCAGGUCGAGUCGCCCACCGCCAUGACGACUAUUCCAGAUGAUGGCUCGCCAAACUCGAUGCCCAUGUCACCACCGACUCCUUCCGAUCUUCGAUUCAAGUCGCCUCCUCCGCCUGCAAACUUGGCCUCGCGAAGGAACAAGGGUGUCCCGGCUCAGCUCAACGCCACCGCUCUCCGAAGCUAUUCAUAUGGCCCCAAGACGGGUCUUGACCUUUCUAAGCGUGCCGACUGCCCGAGCCCCAUCCGUCGCAUCGCAUCAGCCACAGGUCCCAUGCCGGGCAGGAUCCAAAAGUCCCUGACCCUGGGCACAGGAUCGUCAGCUCCCCGCUCGCCCAUGUACCUGGAGCGCACCAAGGAUGCUUUGAUCCGCUCUUUCAGCAACACUCGUUCGCCAGUGCCUCUCCAACCCAUCAACACUUCGCUUUCGCCAAUGACACCCGGUGAAUACUAUGGAAUGCCGGCAGCAACGCAGGGAACCAGGGAGAACACAGUUUCGUCAAGUGCAUCGGACGAUGAACAAAGCUUCGGCAUCGGCGCCAAUGGCGUGCAGCCCAACGCUUCCGCCCUCUUCUCGACACUGAAGACACCACCUGGCACACCAGGCUUCAACAAUGGCUUCGUCUCAGACCAGCAACCACCAGCAAACCAAGUCAACACUUUUGAUGCCGCUUGGAACUUCAACCCACAGGAUGAGCCUCUGGUGACUCCAGGACUGGGAAGCUUCGGGUCUGAGGAAUUCGCCAUGGCGCCUCCGGCACCCGGUUACAUUGGUGGUAGCAGCCAACCUCCUACGCCAUCAUACCCACACAGCAUCGGUCCCACAUACGGAGGCAGCUUUCCAUGGGGUUCUGCAGCCAUGUUCAAUGGCUCCAGGGUCGGCAUGCCCGGAAGCAACACCGAGUACAACUUUCCCGAGUCCUUCGUACCCGACACGUCCGACAUAUCUCCCAGUCUGUCUACCAAGGCCAGCAAGCAGUUCCAGUUCACCCAGAACGUAACACCACGGGACUACAACACAGGUGUCGAGAAGUGAAGCCCCGGACGGGAAUGCACGAUCAACGACCUCAUGCCCGCAUCUGCGCCUUGGCAGUCAAGCACAUACAUGUAAUGAUCUUUGGAGUUUGUUUUUUUGCACAGCAACUGCUUUCUUCGAUUUGUGUUUUGGUUUUUUUUUGACGUGGGCUCUAUCUGUACCAACAGUUUCCAUGUUCCUAAUUUCCUCGUUUUCCCCCAAGAUGCAUGCUUUUGUCUCAUCAUGAUUGAGCAAGCCAACCUCGUUUUGUGUUUUGUUUAUUCACUUUUUUUCAUACCUGAUGAAAAACAAGCGCUCGCUAGAAACGACGCUUGUGAGUUUUGCUCUACACAUUCAGCCACCCCGCCACAUUACAUGCGACGCAUGAUACUGGAGUCGGGGUGCUACUCUUUUUUUUACAUGCAGCAAUUUUUUGUUCCCCAUACCCCUUUCUCGCUCUCCCUUUUUUCAUUCUUAUUUUCAUCCUUCCUAAUCUCUUUAUGUGUAAUAUAAUGGGACUUAAAAGAAAGCGGCGGGAAAGACAUUGGAGGAGAGGUGGACCUGGAGGUGGCAUUUCGCUUUUUUUGGCUUAUUUUUUGUCGUGCUUUAUUAGGUCCUCAUAUUUCCGACAGCGGGAAUAUUCACGGCCGUCUGUGGCACCUGAAAGGGACAUCUUCGAGCCAGUAUAUUGCGGAGAAUUGGGUUGGAAGCUUUUGGGUUGUACACAAUUGAGCGUUCAAGGAUUCUUUCUUUCAAAGCGAAGAUGAUUCUCAGUGAAAUGAUAGUGAGCGAGCAUUUGGUUUUUAGGUCAAAGGACGAAGCUCAUCGCCUCGAAAUAUAAGGAAUUACCUAUUGCUGAUGAACGCCUUGAGAGUAUUAAUAGACUACCCAUGUAUACGC